AUGGCACAUACAGGUGGAGAUUCAUUUGUCAAGGACUCAGUGAUUACUGAUGAUGAUGAACCAAUGAUUGUUGGUGAUGAUCGACGAGUUAUGGUUGAUAAUAAUGACUCAACAAUCAUUCGAAGCAAAAAUAAAGUACUUAUUCCUAUAAACAAUGAACCUGUUCUUGUUGAUACAGGAGUUCAUGGAACAAUCAUUACAGUGAAUCGAGUUAAGCAUUAUGCUUUUCUUAAACGUAAUGAUAAAAAUCAAUACAAAGACAUAUUUGCUCGAGAAGCAUCAAUUAUCAACCAAUCUUAUCAAAGAAAGUUUUUCUUAUCGGAUAAAUGUAAAUUCGAUGUAAUCAAAACAAUUAAAGAAAAUAAUGAACAACUAAUGGAAAUGUUGAAAGAUGUUUUCAAAUCAACAAUUGCCGAAUUAUUUAUAGAAGCUUCAAAAAAAAAUAAAUAA